AUGUUGUGGUCACAGGAGUUGGAAGUUGACAGGGUAAAAGCUAGUUGUGGUAACGAAAACUCUUUGGUUGGGAGGGUUGAUGUAGAAGUUCCUACUGAAGUUGUCAACUUCAGUAACACGACAGAGAAGGGCACGCCUAACAACAGCAGAUGUUCAAUUAGUGAUGUCAUUGAUUGUACUCGUUACAGUUCAUUAAAGAAACUUGUUCUGGUUACUGGGUAUGUGAUACGUUUCAUAAAGAACGUACGGAAACGAGUAAAGAAACAAGACGAUCUGGUUUGCGAGGACGUAUUGACUGUCAGUGAAUAUAACGCAGCGUCACACAUGUGGAUAAAGGACGAGCAGUUAUUAAUGAAAGAACAAGAUAAUUAUGCCAACCUCUGUGCUUCACUUCGCCCAUUUGAAGACAAAGAUGAACUGUUACGACUAAAGGGACGGUUUGCUAAUACGUCAUUAAAGCAUGAAGAACAACACCCAGUUAUACUUCGAAGCAAGAACAAUAGUUAUUUCACUCGGUUAGUUAUUUUGGAUGCUCAUGAAGCGACGUUACAUCAUGGCGUGGAAACAACAUUGGCACAUAUUCGGCGCAAAUUCUGGAUUGUAAAAGGACGGAAAAGCGUAAAGGAAGUUUUAAGGAAAUGUGUUACGUGUACAAGAUAUCAGGGGCGACCGGUACGUGCUCCUGCGAGCCCUGAUUUACCGCAUUUUAGAGUGGAUCACUUGGGGCAUGCUUUCCAAUUUACUGGUCUGGAUUUCGCAGGACCUUUAUUUGUGAAGGAUGGGCUGGGAAACAAUAAAUCGUAUAUUUUGUUGCUGACGUGUGCUUCGAGCCGUGCUAUCCAUUUGGAACUUGUUCCGGACAUGUCAGUUCACGGUUUUCUGCGGGGAUUCAAACGAUUCAUGGCGCGAAGAGGAAUUCCAGAUUUAGUUAUAAACGACAAUUUCAAAACAUUUAAGUCAGCGGAGGUAAAGAAAUUCAUGACACUGCAAGGUAUUCAACAGUAUUUUAUUUUACCUGCUUCGCCAUGGUGGGGCGGGUUUUACGAGCGUUUAGUCCGAUCGGUGAAGGGAUGCUUGAAGAAAACUCUUGGUAAAGCAUUCAUAACGUUUGAGGAACUUCAAACUAUAUUAUGUGAGAUAGAGGUCGCAAUCAACAACCGACCGUUAGCUUACGUGAGCGAGGACGAUUUAGACGAGGCGUUAACGCCAUUUCAUCUUAUGCAUGGUCGCAGCAUGUCUACGGGAAAGAAGGUUCUAACUACGGACGUUGUGGCUGUUAUGAGUCUCGAACAUUGCAAGAAACGGUUAUUCCACUUACGAAAGUUAUUGAAAGAUUUAUGGUCGAGAUUUCGUAGUAAUUAUCUAAAUGAACUUCGUCAGAUGAACAUUUACCGCAAGGAGAAAGGUGGAAAGGCUAGAAUGAUCGAACUCGGAGAUGUAGUGCUGAUCAAAGACGACGACCCUACACCGCGGACGCAAUGGAGAAUGGGCAAGGUUUUGAAUCUGGUGAAAGGUCGUGAUGAGAAAGUACGUGGCGCUAAACUGAAGGUGCUUUCUAAAACUGGAAAGCAGACAUACGUGUUUAGUAGUAUAGGGAAUGAGGGUUCUAGACCACUUUUUCGGCCCGCGAUCUCACCCAACUUCCGGUCAGCGGUUUCCAUAUUUUCCCCCAACCAACGCGGGCUCAUAUUUUUCUAGACCAUUUUUUCUGGUCUUUUUUACCCUCAUUUUUCUAGACCAUUUUAUCUGGUCUUUUUUACCAUCAUUUUUCUAGACCACUUUUUUAGAUCAUUUAUUUUAUUCCUAUUAAAUUCUCUAUUUAACAACUGAUUUUUCCUCAAGCAUUUUUAG